AUGGCCACUCGGCCACUCUUUGCUCAAAAAGCCAAAGUUCACCUGGGUUCUGUUGUUCCAGAGCCAGCAGAGUGCCCGCAUUCCAAUCUGAGGGGCUUCUCGAAGCCUGUGGCUGUGCCACCCUUGCUUGAAAUCUGGGGUUCUGCUCAAAGGCUUGGCAGGGCCCAGAUGGCUGUGGACAUUCAGGCUGAGAUUGCAACCCUUAAGCAGAAACUGGCAAAAGCUGAAGCCACAGUAAUAGAGCCUGGCAGCUAUCUAGAAGCUGUUUUUAAGCAACUAACUGGUGGGGGAGAUGGGCCACCUGGUGACUCCUCUCCCUCUAGUGAUUCAUCUUCAGACUCUUCAAGUUCAGAUGAUGAAUCUAGUGAUAAUACACCCUUUGGGAAUGCUAGACAGGGUGUUAGAAAGCAUUAUCAUGCUAAGAAAAGGAAAUCUAGGGUUCCUGUGCUGAAACCCAGAGAACCUUCAUCUUAUGAUGGAAAGUCCGAUGUUCAGGAAUUCCAUAAGUUCAUGAGAGAGAUGACUGAAUAUUGA